AUGGCGUUAUCUGCAAGCCACUCAUGCAACAAUUCAUGUCACUCCCCACUCUCCACUCAUAUGGCUCCUCCUUCAGGGAUUGUUAGCACCCUUUUGCUUCUUCUUACUCUUCAGAGUUAUGGGUUCCUUCUUUCUUUUGCUUCCACAAAUGUUUAUAUUGUUUAUAUGGGAGAAAGAAAAUAUGAAGAGCCUGAGCUGGUAUCUGAGUCAAACCAUGAGAUUCUGUCAUAUGUAUUUGACAGCAAAGAAGCUGCAAGGGAAUCAAUUCUGUACAGCUACAUGCAUGGAUUUUCAGGGUUCGCUGCGGUUCUAACUCCAUCUCAAGCCAAGCUUAUUGCAGAUGUACAUGGUGUUGUUCAUGUCAUUCCUCACAGGUUUCUUAAUUUGCAUACAACUAGAAGUUGGAAUUUUCUGCAAGUAGACUCUCAUAUCAGAAAUGGAAUUCAGUCAAGGAGUCAAUCAGGCAUUGGGUCUAUUAUUGGAGUCAUGGACACUGGAAUUUGGCCCGAGUCUGAAAGCUUUAGGGAUGAGGGUAUGGGCGACAUUCCAUCUCGUUGGAGAGGCAUAUGUCAAGAAGGAGAAAAGUUCAAUCACUCCCAUUGCAACAGGAAAAUAAUUGGUGCACGCUGGUAUAUUAAAGGAUAUGAAGCUGAAUUUGGAAAGAUAAAUACAAGUGAUGGGUUUGAAUUUCUAUCUCCCCGAGAUGCUUCUGGACAUGGUACUCAUACAUCAUCCACUGCAGCUGGUGGUUAUAUAGAAAAUGCAAGCUUUAGGGGACUUGCUUCAGGAUUGGCAAGAGGAGGUGCUCCAUCAUCUUGGUUAGCUAUUUACAAAGUUUGUUGGGCUACUGGUGGCUGCAGCUCAGCCGACCUACUUGCUGCAUUUGAUGAUGCAAUUUUUGAUGGUGUGGAUGUGCUUUCGGUAUCUCUUGGUUCUCCGCCUCCACUUUCUUCAUAUAUUGAGGAUGUUGUGUCCAUUGGUUCUUUUCAUGCUGUAGCCCAAGGAAUCUCAGUUGUAUGCUCUGCUGGAAACUCUGGCCCGUACUCGCAAACUGUCAUAAAUUCGGCUCCUUGGAUUUUCACUGUUGCAGCAAGCACUAUAGACAGGGCUUUUCCUACUGCAAUCUCCUUGGGAAACAAUCAAACUGUAGUGGGUCAGGGUUUGUAUACAGGGAUGCAUGUGAACAAGUUCUACCCUCUUGUGUAUGGACAAGACAUUGCAUCUAUUGAUGCAGAUGAGGACAGUGCCGGGAGCUGUGAGUCAGGAACUCUAAAUGGUACUUUGGCAAAUGGAAAAUUUGUUCUUUGUUUCCAAUCUCGAUCACAGAGGUCAUCUACUGCUGCAAUGGGAACUGUAUUGAGUGCUGGGGGUGCGGGUCUCAUUUUUGCUCAGUUUCCCAGCAAGGAUGUUUCUUUGUCCUCUGGGAGUCUACCGUGUGUUCAAAUAGACUUCGCAAUCGGCACAUAUAUUCUCACAUAUAUUGGAACAACCAGAAAUCCUUUAGUCAAGUUCAACCCUACAAAAACUCUAUUGGGACAACAGAUAUCCCCAGAAGUGGCUUUCUUCUCUGCUCGAGGACCCAAUUCUGUCUCUCCUUCAGUACUGAAGCCUGAUAUUGCUGCUCCUGGUGUUAAUAUAUUGUCCUCUUGGUCCCCUGCUUAUUCACUAUUACAAUCUUCUACCUCUGCAAAUCAACAACAACCAUCUCCAGUUACCUUUAGAAUUGAAUCAGGAACUUCCAUGGCUUGUCCACAUAUAUCUGGUAUUGUAGCUCUUCUUAAAGCUAUCCACCCAACAUGGAGCCCUGCUGCAAUAAAGUCUGCCCUUAUUACAACAGCCUCUAUAGAAGAUCAAUAUGGUCAAAGUAUCGAGGCUGAGGGAGCCCCUCAAAAGAAGGCCGAUCCAUUCGACUAUGGUGGUGGUCAUGUCAAUCCUAAUAAAGCCAUAUCUCCGGGGCUCAUUUAUGAUAUAGGAACAUCAGAUUACAUACGUUUUCUCUGCUCCAUGGGGUAUAACAAUUCAGCAAUCAGCGCAGUUGCAGGAGCUAGCAUCGCAUGCUAUAAAUCAACCAAUGUCCAAGGUAAUCUCAAUCUACCUUCUAUCACCGUUCAUGAGGUCAAGCAGAGGAUGACAGUAUCAAGAACUGUCACAAAUGUUGGUCCAGUAAAUUCUAUCUACAUUGCUCGUGUUCAAACACCUGCCGGUGUGUCUGUGAGAGUUAAGCCAUCUGUUUUGCUGUUCAACUCAACUGUAAAGAAGCUGGAGUUCAAGGUUGUUUUUCGUCCACUGCUAAAAGUUGCAGGAAGAUUUUCAUUCGGAAAUCUGUACUGGGAAGAUGGUUUUCAUGUUGUGAGGAUACCUCUAGCAGUGAGAACUGUCCUUGAUGAUUUUUAUGCAGUGACAUGAUAUAAUUUGCCACUACUAUUACAGCUUAUUAUGGUC